CGCGGGCUGGGCAGUGGGACACGACGUGAAGACUCCAACAGCUAUCAGCUAGUGACGGCUAAAUGCUAACAGUGUAGUCCCGACUCUUCCGCGGGCUUGCUUUCACGCACAGUGCGCGUUUUCGGGGAUGUUUUGCGGGUUUGUUUUUUGUUUUUAGGGGGCGUGUGUUAGCCACAUGUUAGCCACUAUCUGCACGUUAGCCGGAUGUGGCUAGCUUUAGAAGCUAAGUGUUUACCAGUUAGUGUCCUGAAUUAUUCAUGAGCUCCUUCCGUGAUUGGUGGAUACAGAGUCGGAGGCGGGGCUAGUGAGGGUGUCUGCAAGAAGGGAAAUAACACACACACAUACAGAGGUCUAUUUAUGUGUGGAUAAUAUUAGAAACGACACACUGAGGAGGAGGAGGAGUGUGUUCUUGGUCUUCAGGUGGAAGAUGAUCAAGAUGUCACUGGACAGCGAGACUGUCCUCCCUAACGAGGUGAGCCCCGCCUUCCCCGCCACCGGCAGCCUGUCAGAGCAGCCAAAACUGGCGAAGACCGGCGCCCUCUGUUCAAACAACGGACUUCAUCCGCCGGGAAACAGUCAGCACGCCAUCACAUCCUCCGCUCCCCACACCCAGCGGAUCGCAAAGAGGCGAUACUCGAUGGGCGUCGGCUUCAAAGGGCUGGCCAAGCGGCGGCGUCGCGCCAACAGUGAAAGCCAAUCGGAGCCUGUGCUGCCCAGUAACUUCCUGUUGGGAGGAAAUAUCUUUGACCCGCUGAACCUCAACUCGCUGUUGGACGAAGACGUCAACAAGGCGACCAAUCAGGAGACACCCAAGUGCUCACCCUUGCCUCUGCGGGGAGAAGACCCUGUAGAGAUCCUGGUUCCCCGUGACAUCACCGACCCCCUGAACCUGAAGGGAGGGGGCAGGGGCGGGAAGGAGGGGGGAGGAGUUCUGCUGUCCCCGCUGAAGACGAGGAGGAGACACAGGAACAGACACCACGGAGGGGGAGGAGCCGGAGGAGAGAGGGAGGUCGUACCUGCCCGACUGUUCCCCUCCGCUGCAGGACUGACAGUUCCUGCGUUGACCAAAGUGGGCAGUGUUCCAGCCUCUCCGCUCCCCUGUGAACUCAACACGGCCAUCACCUGUCGAGAUGAACAAGCCCCGCCCCCGAUCCUACCCAGAAGACACACCCACCCUCUGCCGGGCCAGGCCCACAAACAUGGUAACCAGGGCGACAAUCGCCAACGGAGACGGCGGCGCACAACCUCAACGAGGUCAGGAGACUGUUCAGCAAACACUGUUACCAUGGCAGCCCCCGCCAAGCCAACCAAAUUCCAGACACCUCUGGUGGGAGGGGCUAAAGUUGGAAGGUGUGGAGGACUAGAGUCAGACUCUUCUCAGCCACCACAGAAGAAGAAGGACAAACACCGCUAUCAGAACGGCAACCACAGCUGUUACUACGGCUACAACGGUUUCUAUGGCGACACGGAGGGACGAGUUGGGUUGGAGGAGGACCCACGGCUCCGCCUCCUCCAAGCCGAUUGGUUCAGAGACAAAACGGUGCUGGAUGUGGGUUGUGCUGCGGGUCACGUGACACUGGCUGUAGCUCGCAGAUUUAACCCCGCCCACAUUCUCGGAGUGGAGCUAGACAAACGAUUGGUCAACGCUGCCCAGCAGAAUGUUAGACACUUCCUGUCACAUGACUUGGUGGUGGAGCAGAGGAAGGGGGGUAGAGGGGUUGAGGAGGAGGAGUUGGAGGAGGUGAUGGGAGAGUUCCAGCAGGCCCUCUCUCUCCUCCCCCUCCCCCUCUCCUUCAGGGUGAGUCGUGGUCCUCUCUCUGCUCCCCCCCUCCUCCUCCUCCCGCCUCCCUCCUCCUCCUCCAGGUUCCCCAACAACAUCACUUUCAUCCAGGGCGACUACGUGUCGGAGCGGGAGGCGUGGCCUGGGCGGGGCCAGUACGAUGUCAUCCUGUGUCUGGGCGUGACAAAGUGGGUGCAGCUGCAGUCAGGCGACGUGGGCGUGAUCACGCUGUUCAAACGAGCCUAUCAGAGCCUGUCGCCGGGCGGAUUAUUCAUCCUGGAGCCACAACCAUGGAGCAGCUACUGCCGCAGCAAGCGGGCCUCGAGUCGGACGUAUUCUCACUUCAGGACUCUGAGACUCAGACCAGAACACUUCACCUGUUACCUGACCAACAACGUGGGCUUCACCUCCUACAGGCUGCUCACACACACAGGUAACCAGCGGCCGGUCUACCUGUUCCAUAAAGGCCCCGCCCACAGGAAGUGAUGUCAUCGUGGACAGGAUGUAACACUGCCCCGGGUGCUUCUUUUUGUCCUCUCGUUUCCACGAGAACGCACCUGCGACUGACAACAAGAGGUGCUGAUUGGUGUAGUCAGGACGAUGCACACCUGUCCCCAGCUGGACGACGCAAGCUUGUAGCUGAUUGGCUGAACAGUUCGAUGACGUGACAUCACAGAGGAGAACUAUCACAUCUGAUUGGACGGCAGAGUUUCCUGUGAAUGUGAUUUGCAGACAUCAGGCUAAAGGCGUGUGGGUGGUCACUUCAUGCCAUGUGACCUCUAGUCCUGGACUCUGAUUGGAGCGUGAACACUGACAGGAAGUGACAUGUCCAUCAGGGGAUUUUUUCAAAAUAAGAUUCCAUAAUGAGACUUCAUUAAGGGCCUGUGUCCACAGACGGCGCCUUAUGACCUGAAAGCGCCUACGAUCUCCGUUUCAGGGCGCUUCUCACCAGCGCUCCUUGUUGCUAGGUUACUAAAGUGAACUUGUGCUUCCCUCGGUAACGUCCGUUAGUUGUGUUUUUGGAUAUUUGCUUCAAUUUAAAGAAAUAUCACCAAGAGAACAUGAAGACGACGUAAAGGAGUCGUGUCCUGACAGCAGCAGCUCGAGCGUCUCCGCCGUCGUCGUUGUUGACAGAGAUGAUAUCAGAAGUCCCGCCCCUUUUCAUUCUGAUUGGUCGGUGAGGGAGAAGGGACAUUGACUUGGCGGGCUGUUCUAAAAGAAUAAGAGUUUUUAUUUUAUCACGUUUUCUCUUUUCAAAUAUCUGAAAACUCAAUAAAACUGAAGAAACGGA